AAAAAAAGAAUCAAUUCUUGUUUCUAUGACAACUGAUAUUAUUCCAUUAAGAAGGAAACUGUAUAAUUGAAAAACUCUCUUUCGAUAGGGUGAUCAUGACCGAGGCAUAUACAGAUAUAGGUACCACCAUGCUUUACUAUGGUAACGAUACAGUUGAUGGAGCUCAUUUUACAUUUAAUUUCUUUAUUCUAAACGAAAUUACAUCAACCAGUACUGCCAAUGAUGUCGUUUCAGUAAUAAAGAGAUGGUUUCAAAAUAUGCCAACGAGAUUUGUAGCUAAUUGGGUGUUGGGAAAUCACGAUAACUUUAGAGCAGCUAGCCGUCUUGGGGUUGAAAAUGUGGAUGGAUACAACAUGUUGACAACCCUUCUGCCAGGUGUAGCUGUCACAUACAACGGAGAAGAAAUUGGAAUGGAAGACGGAGAAGUAACAUGGGAAGAAGGACAAGAUCCAAGAGCUUGCAAUGGGCUCGAAUCAGAGUUCAACACUGAAAGCAGAGAUUUUGAGAGGACUCCAUUCCACUGGGAUUCUACAGCUAACGCGGGAUUUAGCACAGCGAAUAAAACUUGGUUGCCCGUUAGUUCAAAAUACAGAACAAACAAUCUUGAACUACAAAGUAGAGAUGGAGUAAGAAGUCAUUUCCAUCUCUAUCAAGCUCUGAUGAAAUUGAGGAAAGAAAAUACGUUCAUUUUUGGAAAUUUGAACAUAGAGGCUUUAGCUCCAAACGUUUUGGCGUAUACGAGGGAACUGGAUGGUAACGACACCUAUGUGUUUUUAUUUAAUAAAGGAGGUGAAUCUGCUACAGUAUCACUAUCUUCGUUUAAAUCUAUCACUGGGAACGUGAAAGUAGUUCUAACCAGUACUAACUCAUUGAGAAACGAAGGGGAUACUCUCUCAAUAGAUAACAUAACUUUGGAUGCUCACGAAGCAAUAGUAGCAAGAUCGCAAUCGAAUAAUUUAGUACGAUGGAGUAUUUAUAGUUUUUUGUUAAUAACGUUAUUUUUAUUUAGGUUUUCUUAAUCAAAUGUUACUAUAAUAAAUUUAUUGUGUUCUGUGAUUUUCGGAAAAUAUAUAACAAUGUAGUUUA